CUCGGUUUGUGAACGUCUCCUGCGAGAUCCUGCCUCCCUCAGCCGUCCCUGAGCGUGAGGGGACUGGAAGCUAGAAUGCUAAUGAGUCCAGAGAAAACCUCAGGUGGAUGUUGUGAAGUGGGGGUGACACUCUCUUUUUCCAGAGUAUGGAAUAAAUGUCACCGCAGGUGACUGUGGUGGACAGACUCCAGAUAUACUGAACUGAUGUCAUUGCAGUGCAAAAGGAACACAUGAGUUCUGAUUUAGAAGCCAAGAUGAGGUUGUUAAUGCCUGAACCUCAGAUUCCCGUGGAAAGAACUCUGGCCCUCAUCAAACCAGAUGCUGUUGAUAAAGAAGAAGAAAUAGAGAAUCUCAUUCUCCAAUCAGGAUUCAUGAUCCUUCAGAAACGGAAGCUCCAAUUAAGCCCAGAGCAAAGUAGCAACUUUUAUGCAGACCAAUAUGGAAAAGUGUUUUUUCCUAAUUUAAUAGCCUAUGUGAGCUCUGGACCUUCAGUUGCCAUGGUUCUUGCCAGAUAUUGUGCAGUCUCCUACUGGAAGGAGUUGCUUGGACCAUCAGACAGCUUCAGAGCUAAGAGAACUCACCCUCACAGCUUAAGAGCAAUCUAUGGGACUGAUGAUCUGAGGAAUGCACUUCAUGGCAGCUCCACCAUUUUCUCUGCAGAAAGAGAAAUUCGAUUCAUGUUUCCAGAAGUGAUCUUGGAGCCAAUUCCAACUGGACAGAGAGCUCGAGAUUACUUGAACCUUUAUGUGAAGCCUACAUUACUAGCUGGGCUCACUGCCCUGUGCAAGGAGAAGCCAGCAGACCCAAUGACCUGGCUGGCUGACUGGCUGAUUGAGCACAAUCCUAAUAAACCUAGGCUACAACAUCCAGUCAUGGAGGAAAAGCAUCAAGGGUGAGAGCUCAGUGGAAACAAUCCCAAGCAUUCCACAUUACAGAUACUUGUUUCCAUUUUCAAUGUAUCUCUUGCCUAUGUGAUCAAUAUCUGAAAUAAAUGUUAUCACCAUAACUACCUGUGUCUGAUACAUUAGGAUGUUCUAGUAGCUUUUCUGUUGACAAAGUGAAUGUCACACAAGAUUAAUUUAAUUAGGUGUUUAGAAAAAGACAAAUUUUCAACAAGUGUGACUUAACUGCUAUUUUUUCCAUUUAUCUUGGUUUGGCUGGCUGUGGAGAACAAAGUUAUUUACACCAGUGCAGGUUCCCAAGUGAGGUACAGCUGAUCUCUGCUUUGUGAAACAGGGUUGUGGUUCAGCACUUCUUUAGCAGACACAAAUUCCAUUAUGAAGGGAGGUACUUGGAUGUAACUUAGGUAUCAGUCACUGCAGACAUAUUACCAACUUUAGAGUUCCAGUUGCUGACUACAUCACUGAGCUCACGUCACUCUUGAAGGUGAGUCACAUGAGCCUGAUGUAUUUUGUCAGAAUGUAAUUUGAAGGACAUAUUUGAAGGUCUACUGAACAUACUUUUCCCAUCCCCGUGGUGAAAGGCACAGUGAUUAUAAAUCAGUCUUUAGUUUCCAUUAGAAAUCACAAGAAGGUGGAUUGUUUGAAAGAAAGAUGCUUAAAUUGAAGCAACUCAUCUUAAGGGUGUUUUCUGUGUUCUGCUCUUAGCUGGUUUCUCUUGUUUUCCUUGUAUUGUUGUUUAUCCUUGAACUUUAAUCUCUUGAAAUUCUCAAAUAGAAGACAAUGGGUAGGUAGCCAUGCUGCUCAACAGGCCAUGGGUUAUUCCCACACUAGUACCUUCUCUAAAGUAGCUGGUCUGUGGUUUGGGGGGCUUUUUAACUUAAGAGUUGUACUUGCACUGUUAACUUCAAGCUUUGUAUGUUAUGGUUUGACUGGCUAGGAUGGAGAAAGCAAUGCCAUUUUCACAACUCUGAAAUAUUAACAUGCUUGUCUAAUGCUAAACAAGCAAUUUCAUAAUUUGUUUCAUGAAAAAACAUGCUCCCCUAACUUGAGUAAUUACUAGAAACAUAAGUAAUUUGUCUGUAACAUUAAGCCUUGUUUAAGCUAAAUGUUUAUCUUAGUGGAUAAACAAUUCUCUGUGGAAUGAACCACUAUUGCCAGCCCAGAGAAUAAACAUUUAGAAAACUGCUCCCUGCAGUACUGAGACCUGAAAAUCCUGGGGAUUUUAGCAGAAGAAAUAAAAAAACAAAAAAACGAGCCCAAACCCUCAAUAUGAAGAAAAAAAAAAAAAGAAAAGAGGUGGUUAGAAAUACAGUAAAUAGAUCUGUUUGCAACUAAUUUAUUUUGCCUGUAAUUAAUGUCCCCAUACAUAUCUGAUUGCUCCCAUUACGGGACAGUUGUGCUUCAUGUUUUCCUGUCAGCCAAAAUAAAAUCCAGUGAAUUCACAAAACAUUCUCCUGUAUUUUGUUUGUUACUGUGGCAUUUGCUUGCUUGUUUUGAU